UAUUCUGCUGUCUUGGUCUGCACCAAUUUAAGUUGAGCGGUCAGUUUACGCCCAACAGCAGCAGCAACAGCAGCAGCGGCGGCGGCGGCGGCGGCAGCUUUCAGCACCAUGGAGAGCAACGUGGUGCACAUCUUCAAAGAGGACCGGUGUCCCUCGGGCCAGCCGGGGGAGUGCAUCCCAAACUUCACCUGGCAACCUUCGGAUAUCUUCAACUACACUGCCAACGGCACCUGGGAUGCUGAACCCGAGCCAAUGUCGCCCAUCAUCCCCAUCAUAGUCGCCGUUUACUCCAUAGUGUUCGUGGUGGGCUUAGUCGGCAAUUGUUUGGUGAUGUAUGUCAUCAUAAGAUACACAAAAAUGAAAACAGCCACCAACAUCUACAUCUUUAACCUGGCCGUGGCCGACGCCCUGGUCACCACCACCAUGCCCUUCCAGAGCACCGACUACCUGCUCAGCUCCUGGCCGUUUGGUGAGAUAGCGUGCAAAGUUUUCAUCUCCAUCGAUUACUAUAACAUGUUCACCAGCAUCUUCACCUUGACCAUGAUGAGCGUGGACCGCUACGUAGCUGUGUGUCACCCUGUUAAGGCCUUGGAUUUCCGGACCCCCGUCAAGGCCAAGAUCAUCAAUGUUAUCAUCUGGGUGCUGUCAUCGGCUGCUGGGAUCCCUGCCAUGAUACUGGGCAGCACCAAUACUAAUAAUGGGACUACAGAGUGUGCUUUACAGUUCCCUGAUCCCUACAUCUACUGGGACACUCUGAUGAAGAUCUGUGUCUUCAUCUUUGCAUUUGUGGCACCGGUCAUCAUUAUAACUGUCUGCUACACUCUGAUGGUCAUGAGGCUGAAGAGCGUGCGGCUGCUGUCAGGCUCACGCGAGAAGGACCGCAACCUGCGUCGCAUCACCCGUCUGGUGCUGGUGGUGGUCGCCGUCUUUGUGGUGUGCUGGACACCCAUCCACAUCUUCAUCUUGGUCAAGACGCUGUCAACAAAUGUCCCCGAGACCACGGCUGUCAUGGCCGCCUACUUCUUCUGCGUGGCGCUGGGCUACACCAACAGCAGCCUUAACCCCAUCCUCUAUGCUUUCCUGGAUGAGAACUUCAAGAGAUGCUUCAGAGACUUUUGCUGUCCCAGAACACAAGGACAAGGUGACUGUCAUGGAGUGAGCCGUGUGAGAAGCACUCUGCGGGAUCACUCGUGCCCUGCAGAAGGUCGGGGAGGUGUAAAGCAAGCUAGGCCUGUAUGACUAGCCAUGGACAUGUCCUCUAUGCCCUAUCAGAGCUGGGAGGACUCCAAUGAGCUGGGCUUAACUCAAAUCACUACAGCUAUCUGAGAUAAAAGCCAGAGUCAGGGCCAGAUUUUUAGCUCUGUAUCCAGCACGUUGGUCAAAUAAGCCAAAAACAAAUUCACUUAAAAGAUUAGCCUGGUGCUAAUCUAUGUUUUAUUCUUACUACACAAAUCCCAUGAAAAGGCCACAACCAACAAAGAUUGGAGCUUCUAAUUUUAUGUACGCUACUCUGCUGCAAUGAAUGAGUCACUAAAGCCACUAAAAAGUAUUAAUUCCUCACUAAAAACAGUCACCAAGGAAUACACUUCAGUCGGGUUGGAGGCCACAGA